AAGCAAUGAUACUAUUAAAGACUUUCUCUAUAUAAUAGAAAAGGUGUUUUCUAACGAUAACGUUGAAGUUACAGCCAAAGAUCUUAGCGCAGAAGAGAAAAGGUCUCUUAUGAAUAUUAUUAGGAAGAACUUAUACAAUAGAAGCAUAUUUGAUCGAAAAAUAGAAAGGCUAAUGCAAACUUUAAAAGUUGCAAUAUCGAUUGGAAAAGAAGAUAUAAUUGAAAAAAAGGCUAUAUCUACAAUCAAUGAACUUAUAGAGAAAAAUGUAUUCGAAGCACAAAAGUGUGGUGUUUACGAGAAUAUGACAGAAAACCCUGCACAUCUAAGUGAGUCUUCUCUUGACAGCACAGUAUUCAAACUAGCGGUUAAAACAGCAAAUACUGCUGUAGGUGCAACCGAGCUAUUGCAAGUAGCUUCAAAACAAAUAGACAGCUAUGUGUAUUCACGUGUUUUUAAAGAGGACAAAGAGCUGGCUGAUCUAAUGAGCAUCAAAGAGCACUAUUCAGACGAAAAUGGGCUAUAUGAUCUGGAUGAGUUGUAUAGUGAAACAUUGGGAAAUGGAAAAAGUUUAGUAGAGCACGGGCUGCAAAUUAUUUAUGAAAAAGCAAAUGAAAUAAAAGAGCUGAGAAAAGCAAUUGAGGACAGCAAUGGCAAUCCUGAUGAUAUACAGAAGAUAUUCAGUGCGAAUUUUAUAGAUAAAAACGACUUGAAAAUACUCAUGUCUCUCAUGCAGCAUAAAGAUAAAAUCAGAAAGGAAAGAUCUAUUUUCAGAAGCAUUCAUAGAAUAAUAGCAGAAAAUAAUAUGCAAAAUACUGAAACAGCACGCCUUGAUAAAACUGUAGACGAAGUAGACUUUUCAAAUCACGGCUCGGUCUGGGAUAUUAUGGAAAGCAUAAUAACACCAGUAGAUGUACAACUUUUAGCACAGUGUAGUAAAAUGCGUACAGAAAUAGAAAAGUCAACUGAAAAUUAUGAAAAUUAUGAUGCUGAGAUAAAGAAAUGGCAAGCUGAAAAGUCUAAUGUUUCCGGCUAUAAGACAAAAUUAAAUGCAAAAAAGAAAAAGAAAAGAGAGCUAAAAGAAAUAAAUGAAAGCAAUAUAAAAAAAUUAGAAGAAUUAAAAGCUAAACUCGAAAAAUUUGGAUUAAAGAAAGCGAAAUUUAUUGUUUCUAGAAAUGAAAAGAUAUAUAAUAAUAUUUCGGAGCUGUCUCCAGCACAGAAAACAUUGCUUGUAAAAAGGUCAGUUGAGUUCUCAUCUGGCAUAGAAGACAGCGAGGCAAUGUCAGCCAGAUCUAUAAAAGAUUUUAUUUACGAUGCGUAUUUGAAGAUAAAAACAGCUGUGCAAAAGAUGCCUAAAGAGGUUAGAGUUAUAUUAAUGAUAAUAAUUGGCUCGCUGUCUGUUGCAGGAAUAAGCAUGCUGAUUUGGCGUCUCUUACUACGGUACACUUCUACCAGCCAUACUUUAAAAGUAUAA